AUGCGAACGCUUUCGAACCAAAAAGAUCUAUCCAAUGAUAUUGCUCCUAAUAUUAAUAACGGUAGAACGCUGCCUCGAAGAAUAAGAAGUCGGCAAAUUAGACGACAAAAUGCAAAUAGAGCAGUACAUCUUAGAAACAUUUAUGAUGCGUCCUUCAUCAAUCAAGACACUUUGAACAGGCUUUCAAAUAUUCCGAUUCAGAGGACAAAUGUUCAUUACUAA